CAGUGUUAUCCCUAGGUGCAGAGCUGGCUGCAACGAGUAACAUCCGGUGACAUGCUCCGGCACCCGUGCAUGUGCAAAUCCGCGGAGUUGCCGCGAGGCGCCUAUCGCCCUGGACACGCUUAAAAUAGAGCAUCCGCUAUAGCGGCUGGCCGGACUGUUUCUUGGGCCCAUCAUUUAUAAACGGGUAGUGAUAGCCGAGCCGUACAUAUGCCCCCUCAGCGAGAAGCCCGCCAGUCUCGGGCCGUCCUCGUCAGAGCUAAGGCAAGCACCAUGUGGGUCCCUCCUGCUGCGCCGUGACGGUGAGCUCAACGCUCUAUGCCGCAUGUGACCGGCAGCAUGCUGCUUCUGUUGGGGUGCUUCGUGUGGCUGUUGCCGGCCGAGGCGCGACUGUGCCCCUGGGCCGGGCCGCCGUCGUCGGAGGGGGUCGUCGAGCUGCUGCUGGACGUGGACGCGGGGGCAGACGACGCCAUGGCCAUCCUGGAGCUCCUGGCAGCAGAGCAGCUGAGCGACCCUUCGCUGACGCCCACCAGGGUGGUCGCCAUCUCGUGCGUGGGUGGCAACGCGCCAGUGCGUCUGGUGCGCAGGAACGUGAUGGCCACCCUCGAGGCGGCCGGGCGCUUGGACAUUCCGGUCUUCCUCGGGGCACACGUGUCGCUGCUUCAUGAGAACCCCACGGCCACGAUGUACGGCCGCGACGGCUUCGGCGACUUCCUCCCGGACCAGGUGGCCGCCGAUGAGCCGGGGGACGUGCACGCCGUCCUGGCCCUCACGCGCAUGGUGCGGGAGAACCCAGGCCGCUUCACUCUCCUGGCCCUGGCGCCCCUCACCAACGUGGCCCUGGCGCUGAGGCUGGACCCCUCCUUCCUGGACAAUAUGAGGGCCGUGUACUUCAACGGCGCAGCCGCGCACGGUGGAGGAAACCAGGGUCAACCGGGCAAAGAAAUUAACGUCAACUUCGACCCGGAGGCCGCGUUCAUCGUCUACAACUCGACCAGGAAGGCGAUCAACGUGAUGCCCUCCGAGACUGCGUCUGACCUGCGGGUGUCUCGGGCGUGGCGCGUCGGGGUGCUGGGCGCCGUGGACAGCGCGCAGGUCCGGCUCUUGAACCGCGCCGAGAGGGUCGUGCUGGAGGCGGCGGGCGACAAGGACCCGUGGGUGAACGCCAACGGGCUGCUGGCGGCCGCGCUGCUGUGCCCGUGCGUUGUCCGGGAGAGGAACCCCGGCAGGCUGCUGGUGGCCACGGCGGACGGUGUGGCGAGAGGGGCCACGUUCGUGGACUUCAGCGGCGCGGGUGGCCCCGACAACGUGCUGGUUCUGGAGAGACCAGACAGCUCACUAUUCAGGGCGCUGGCGUUGCGCCUGCUGUCCACACCGCCGCCGCAGUCCGGGCCUGCCGCCGUUCCCGAAAAGGGGCUCUUCUUGUAGGCGCGCGCGAAACAUCCGCCAUCCGCCCCCGCCGCCACCCCUCGAGGUCGAGGAAGGCGGGGCGCUCCUCCACUCUCUAUUCACCGCGUCGACGGCUCUCCCCUCCACCGAGGCUCACGCCCUUCUCUUUCACAAAACAGAACAAUAAAG